UGAAAACUUCGGUCACACUUCAAAGAACAAGGUUCGCCGACGUCUUCUAGUAAAACUAAUUUCUAUCCUAACAAUUUAAAUGGCAGCUUUUGAUCAUGGACAGCGGAAUCAUGUAAUCGUUCUUCAGGAAGGAUACUCCCACGAAGAAGAUGGAGACGAGACCGCCAUGAGGGCUAACUGCACCUGCACGCUGGUCCGCUGCAGGGAUGGCACCAACAUCAUAGUGGACACUAUGACGGCCUGGGAUGGAGAGCACCUCCGGUCUUUGUUGGACAAUCAAGGCCUGGGCAUCGAGGAUGUUCAAUUCGUAGUCUGCUCCCACGGACACUCUGACCACAUUGGAUGCAACUACCUGUUCCAGAAGGCACGGAUGCAUUUGGUUGGCGCGUGUGCCUCGCAUCGCGACCUCUACUUGGAUAUCUUCCCAAGUGAGAAACAGGACGCGGAACUAACGCUAGACACGAAUGCCGAGGUGGUUGUUAGGCGAACGCCAGGACACACCCACAGCUGCGUUUCAGUGAUUGUUGACAACUCCCAGCUGGGAGGACGGGUCGGAAUCACCGGAGAUCUCUUCGAGCGACGCGAGGACAUAGACGAUGAGAGCAUUUGGAUAGAUGCGGGAAGCGAGAGUGUAAAGCUCCAGCGCCAGGAGCGCUGUAAAAUUGCCCAUCUAUGCGACUUCAUUGUCCCCGGCCAUGGUCCUAUGUUUGCGGUUAUAGAAACAAUUCGUUCCCAGCUGAAGCAAGACGCUGACCUAAGUGCUUAACCUUGUAUAUUUUAGAAAGAUAUGUACAUAUAUAGCUCAGUGUAAAAAUAAAUCUGUUAGCCGAUCGGAGUAUUAGGCUAUAGGCU